CCUUCCCUCCCCUCUGCCCUCACCCAUCAGCUGCAGCCGACUAGAUAUACGGGUGCUUGGCUACCAACACUCGUAUCAUCAUCAUCAACAUCUCUCUCUCUCUCUCUGUCUUCCUACUCUUCCACGUUGACCACUAUCACCUCAUACGACUCAUCAAUAACCUAAAGGGGUAUCGAAGAAAUACCUUACUCGUACUUACCACCGUCCUCUCGGCAUUCAUUUAUCUUGUGUUGUCUGUGAUCUCUCAAGUUGAUCAACAAUCAUCCUCGGAUAUAUAGUGAAGAAUGGCAACCACUCGUAAUAUCAAAUGCGUCGUGGUGGGUGAUGGUGCUGUUGGAAAGACAUGUCUCCUUAUCUCAUACACCACCAACGCCUUUCCAGGGGAAUACGUCCCUACCGUUUUUGAUAAUUACUCCAGUCAAGUGAUGGUGGAUGGUAUGACCGUUUCAUUGGGUUUAUGGGAUACUGCCGGUCAAGAGGAUUAUGAUCGACUGCGACCUUUGUCAUACCCCCAGACCGACGUUUUCUUGCUAUGCUUCUCCCUAGUUUCCCCUCCAUCCUUUGAGAACAUCCGGACCAAGUGGUGGCCAGAGAUACAACAUCACUCCCCCGGAACUCCCAUCAUUCUCGUCGGAACCAAGCUCGAUCUCAGAGACGACCCUAUGACCAUCGACAAACUACGUGAACGUAGACAAGCACCCAUCGGAUUUUCACAAGGGUCAGCAAUGGCCAAUGACAUUAAAGCUGCCAAGUACCUCGAAUGUUCCGCUCUUACUCAAAAAGGUCUGAAAACUGUAUUCGACGAAGCUAUCCGGACUGUCCUAAACCCCAAUCGCCGAGCUGGUAAAGCCAAGAAAUCGGGUGGUUGUAUUUUGAUGUAAUCCUUCAAUCCUUAUCCCUUAUUUCCUUAGUUUUUCCCGACCUUGGUCUCAACCGGUCUUUCCGUUGUGCAUUGUUCAUGUUUAAAUGAUUUGCUAUGUGUAUGAACUGACGAUGUGAUGCACGAUAUUUCUUAGAGCGU